CCCCUAAAAUCUGUGACAUCGUUUUUAAACGACCCCCAAGCAGAGAAUGUUGAACAAAUUAUUAAAAACAAACAUCUCGAAUAUUAAUAAAUUUCGUGAAUUUUCCAUUUCAAAAAUGGCAAAAAGUCGUUUUGAGUAUGUGAAAAGCUUUGAACAAACAGACACAUUGGUGAAAAAUUGUUGGAUAGUGAUACGCGUCGACGGUAAAGGAUUUCAUAAGUUUUGCAAUGCGCAUCAUUUCGCAAAGCCCAACGAUACGCGCGCGCUGAAUCUGAUGAGCCUGGCAGCGGUCCAGGUGAUGCAGGACUUCAACGAAAUUGCGAUCUCGUACGGUCAGAGCGACGAAUAUUCAUUCAUUUUCAAACGAGACAGCAACAUCUACGAUCGACGGAGGGAUAAAUUGGUGAGCUACGUGACCAGCUUAUUCACUUCGGCCUACGUCUUCAACUGGAAGCGCAUGUUCCAGGAUACGGUCCAGUUGAAAUAUCCACCGGUAUUCGAUGGGCGGGCCGUGCUCUAUCCCACCGAUCAGAACCUUCGGGAUUAUUUGAGCUGGCGCCAGGCGGAUGUCCAUAUCAACAAUUUGUACAACACUACUUUUUGGAAUCUGGUUGCUUCUGGUUUAACUAACGCAGAGGCCGAGCAAAAGCUAAGGGGUACGUUAUCCAGUGAUAAGAACGAAAUUUUGUUCUCCGAGUUCAAGAUCAAUUAUAACAACGAGCCCAUAAUGUUUCGGAAGGGAACCAUAUUGCUCAGGAAGAAAGUAGCAGUGACCGACGAUAAAACGCUUUCGUUGAUAGUUCCUUUAUUUGAGGACAUGAUUGGUGACAAUUUCUGGAAAAAUCAUCCAGAGUUGCUAGACAGUACGUUUAAGUUUGAAGACCCUUUCAAACUCGGUGGCGACAUCGAUCACGUUUUAGUUCAAUAUCAAAUUGAAAAGCAUAACAAAAGGAAAGAAGGGAUGAAGCGAAAGAACGAAGAUGUUAUAAAUUGAUCAAUUUAAAGAUCAUUUAAUUAAGUUGCUAAAAGGAAUGAAUCUAUGCCGGGAAAUAUAUUUUAAUUUCUUAUUAGUUAACUAUGAAUUAUCUUAAGAAGGAUUUUUUUCACUUAAAUGAAAUUCAAUGUGCUUUUCAUUUGUUAAUUGAUAAUUAUAAAAACAGAUACCCAUAAAAAUAAAUUAGAAUCGGCAAAAGCUCGAAAAAA